AUGAUUAAACAAUCAGAACAUACUUUUGCUACUGAUAUGGAUAUUUAUGAUGACAUUCAAGGUAAUUUUUUCAUUUCUUUGUCAAAUUGAAAACACUAGGCUGGAUUAAUUUAGAUAAAUCUUACAUAAACUGAUAAAACGCUUUGAACAUCUUGUAAGAAUUAAUAGCAAAUUUGUUCAAUCUCUAACAUUUAGCUAGAAAUUCCCAAAAAUUGGGAUUUUUUAGGCUCUAACCGAAUACUUAAAAUUACAGAGGCCAUCGGAAGAACGAUUGGCAAGAAAAAAGAAAUCAAAUCAACACCACUGCGUCAUCAAAACGAAACUCUCGCCACCACUCGUGCAUCACAAUUGAAGACUCCCAAAAACCAAUAUAUAAUAUUCCCAAUUUUUUGUAGAAUUUCUAUACUUUAUCUAUUGGUUUGCAAUUAUUGGAUUAUAAUAUUCAAAUUGCCUUCCAUUUUAUUAUGUGAAUGA